GCAGCCACUAGACGCUCCCACCACCACCAAACUCUCCACCAUCUUUUGCAUGUGCAACAUUUGCAGCCGGACAGAAACCUCUCCCAGGGCUAUGGAGACUGCGGGAAAAAUCCGGCUCAGCAGGAUGGAUUGCUAAAAAACCAUUAAAAAAAAAUUAAAAGAAAAAAAAAGAAAGAAAAAAGGAAGGAGGGGAAAAAAACUCUUCUCUUUUCUCCCCCUCCCCUUUGAAUUCAUUUUUAUUCUUAAUUUUGUUUGUAGCCACCUCGUCCUCAAUGCCUCUCUGAGCAGCAUCUAGCGAGAGAGAGAGAGAAAGAGAGAGAUAAGGAGAUACAGAGAGGCAAAAGAGAAGAUGAGGAUUAUUUGCAGACAGCUUGUCUUCUUGUUUUCUGGCUUUUGGGGACUAGCAAUGGGAGCUUUCCCUAGCAGUGUGCAAAUAGGUGGUCUCUUCAUCAGAAACACAGAUCAGGAAUAUACUGCUUUUCGAUUAGCAAUUUUUCUUCAUAAUACCAGCCCCAACGCCUCUGAAGCACCUUUUAAUUUGGUUCCUCACGUAGACAACAUUGAAACAGCUAACAGCUUUGCUGUAACAAAUGCCUUUUGCUCCCAGUACUCUAGAGGAGUUUUUGCCAUUUUUGGACUGUAUGAUAAGAGAUCAGUACAUACCUUGACCUCAUUCUGCAGCGCCUUGCACAUCUCCCUCAUCACGCCAAGUUUCCCCACAGAGGGUGAGAGCCAGUUUGUGCUGCAGCUGCGACCAUCUUUACGGGGAGCUCUCCUAAGUUUGCUGGAUCAUUAUGAAUGGAACCGUUUUGUCUUCCUUUAUGACACAGACAGGGGUUACUCAAUACUUCAAGCUAUUAUGGAAAAAGCGGGACAAAAUAGCUGGCAAGUCAGUGCCAUAUGUGUGGAGAAUUUUAAUGAUGCCAGCUACAGGAGGCUUUUAGAAGACCUGGAUCGAAGACAAGAAAAGAAAUUUGUAAUAGACUGUGAAAUAGAGAGGCUUCAGAAUCUUUUAGAACAGAUUGUGAGUGUUGGAAAGCAUGUUAAAGGCUACCAUUACAUCGUUGCAAACCUGGGAUUCAAAGAUAUUUCUUUGGAGAGGUUUAUGCAUGGAGGAGCCAAUGUAACAGGAUUUCAGUUAGUAGAUUUCAGUACUCCUAUGGUAACUAAACUCAUGCAGCGCUGGAAGAAGCUGGAUCAGAGAGAAUACCCGGGAUCUGACAGCCCUCCAAAGUACACAUCUGCUCUGACCUAUGAUGGGGUACUUGUGAUGGCUGAAACAUUCCGUAACCUUAGAAGGCAGAAAAUUGAUAUUUCACGGAGAGGGAAUGCUGGGGAUUGUCUUGCUAAUCCAGCUGCACCAUGGGGCCAGGGGAUUGAUAUGGAGAGAACACUCAAACAGGUUCGAAUACAAGGGCUGACCGGAAAUGUUCAGUUUGAUCACUAUGGUCGCAGAGUCAACUACACAAUGGAUGUAUUUGAGCUGAAGAGCACAGGCCCUCGUAAGGUUGGUUACUGGAAUGACAUGGAUAAAUUAGUUUUGAUUCAGCAUGAACCUUCCCUUGGAAAUGAGUCAGCCAUUGAGAACAGAACAGUAGUUGUAACUACAAUUUUGGAAGCCCCAUAUGUUAUGUUCAAGAAAAAUCAUGAUACAUUUGAAGGGAAUGACAAGUAUGAAGGAUACUGUGUAGAUCUGGCAUCAGAAAUUGCAAAACAUAUUGGUAUCAAGUACAAAAUUGCCAUUGUCCCUGAUGGAAAAUAUGGAGCAAGGGAUCCAGAGACAAAAAUCUGGAAUGGGAUGGUGGGAGAACUUGUUUAUGGGAAAGCAGAGAUUGCUGUUGCACCUCUGACCAUCACUUUGGUACGAGAAGAGGUCAUUGAUUUUUCUAAGCCUUUUAUGAGUUUGGGGAUAUCCAUUAUGAUAAAAAAGCCCCAGAAAUCUAAACCAGGAGUGUUUUCCUUCUUGGACCCUUUGGCGUAUGAGAUCUGGAUGUGCAUAGUCUUUGCCUACAUUGGUGUCAGUGUGGUCCUGUUCCUAGUUAGCAGGUUUAGCCCAUAUGAGUGGCACACAGAAGAGCCAGAGGAUGGGAAAGAAGGACCCAGUGAUCAGCCUCCCAAUGAGUUUGGCAUAUUCAACAGCCUCUGGUUUUCCCUGGGUGCCUUUAUGCAACAAGGAUGUGAUAUUUCCCCAAGAUCCCUCUCAGGUCGCAUUGUUGGAGGUGUUUGGUGGUUCUUCACACUCAUCAUUAUUUCGUCAUACACUGCUAACCUCGCUGCUUUCUUGACUGUUGAGCGAAUGGUCUCGCCCAUAGAAAGUGCAGAAGACCUUGCCAAACAAACUGAAAUUGCAUAUGGAACACUGGACUCAGGGUCAACAAAAGAAUUCUUCAGAAGAUCAAAAAUAGCAGUGUAUGAAAAGAUGUGGACCUACAUGAAAUCGGCAGAGCCAUCAGUGUUCACUAGGACUACAGCUGAGGGAGUAGCCCGUGUUCGCAAAUCCAAGGGCAAGUUUGCCUUCCUCCUGGAGUCCACCAUGAACGAAUACAUUGAACAGCGAAAGCCGUGUGACACCAUGAAAGUGGGAGGAAAUCUGGAUUCGAAAGGCUAUGGAGUAGCCACACCCAAGGGUUCUCCAUUAAGAACUCCUGUAAACCUUGCCGUUUUGAAACUCAGUGAGGCAGGCGUCUUAGACAAGCUGAAAAACAAAUGGUGGUACGAUAAAGGUGAAUGUGGACCCAAGGACUCUGGAAGUAAGGACAAGACGAGUGCCUUGAGUCUCAGCAACGUUGCUGGAGUCUUCUACAUUCUGGUUGGAGGCUUGGGCUUGGCCAUGCUGGUGGCUUUGAUAGAAUUCUGUUACAAGUCCAGGGCAGAGGCGAAGCGAAUGAAGGUGGCAAAGAGUGCACAGACUUUUAAUCCAACUUCCUCGCAGAAUACCCAGAAUUUAGCAACAUAUAGAGAAGGUUACAACGUAUAUGGAACCGAAAGUGUUAAAAUUUAGGGCUGACCUUUUCUGAAGCCAUAAGAAACAAAGCCAGAUUAUCCAUCACAGGGAGUGUAGGAGAAAACGGCCGUGUAUUAACUCCCGACUGCCCGAAGGCCGUGCACGCUGGAACUGCAAUUAGACAAAGUUCAGGAUUGGCUGUAAUUGCAUCGGACCUACCAUAAAAACCAAAAAAAUAAUUGAGUGCCUUAAUUAAACUGUGUUGGUGACUGAUGGGCACACAGCACAGACUAUAACGACAUGGGAGUGUCAUUGAUGAACUAAUAAUUGGGCUGAGAAUUGGAAAGUACGUCCAAAUGCGCCAGAUAUCAUCAGCAACAAAGUGUGCAUGAGCUCAGCUCGGAAACCCAAACUCAGAUUUUAUAUCAGGAAAAUUCAUAAUUUAGUUUUGUUGGGGGGAGGUGGGCUGGGAUGGGUAUAUUAACAGCAACAAAUUUCACUUGAGUGGACUUAAAACUAAUAAGACUUGCCAAUUAGCGCAUCAAACUGUGAAGAACAUGCUCAGAAAGGACAACAUUUUGGUCUUUAUCUUGACAAAGUGGGGAAAAUAGCUAUAGAAGUCAAUGAACAUGCUAACCUGUGUCUCCAGAACAUCAAUAUAUACAAUGGAAGAAUAUCCAGCUGUGGAAACGAAUCACUAAACUGUGAUAAGAAAAUAAUAAAUAUGUAAAUCCUGUGAAAAAAUAAAGAAAUUAUUUACAUUUUCUUUGAAAAAAGAGGAAUAUUGAAACAUGCUUGCUUUUUAACUGAUGUAAAUUCGGUAGAGGACAACACAAUUCUUUUUUCUAACCAUCUUAGGGAACAAUUCAUUGCAAUAAUUGAUAUAAAAUGCCAUCACUGUAACAAAAUUCAGAGACUUUUUUUUACAAAAGUUCUUGGUCAUCCUCUUGUUCGCUGUUACCUUCAUUCUGUUACAUCAUUCAGUGUUUCACAGAUUUGCAUCUGUCUAACUAAGAAAAACAAAAAAAUGUUUAGAGUACAUCAUCAGUCUGCAGUGUAGAAUCAAAAGAGACUACGGGUCACUCAUGUUACAAAUAUUAUUUAUAAUCUUGUUCUGUGUAAAAAAACUGUGGUUUUUGUACCCACCAAAAAGAAUAAAACAACAAACGUUCUUAUAUUAUU